CACUGACAUGUCAUAUAGUUCCAUUCAUCGCGCACUUCGUGUAUCUCCGUCAAUGUUCGUAUUGUUUCGUACUUCGUGCAUAUGAUGACGUGAUUGUACGCAGUCAUGCGUUCGAGUUCGUCGAUCGAAGAGCUGUCAUUGUCAGACUAAAUUGUAUUCGUGCUGAUUCGUACGAUCUGGAGAUCUGUGAGUCCACGAAGAAGCUUUUGAAGCGGCUCAGUUGGUUCUUAUCGAUCUCGAGCUCGUGGUUUAACAUGUCGAACCCGUCAGAGCGAGUCAAUUAUAUGCAAGACAGCAGUAGUGAUACAGAGACUGAUUACAAAGAGACUGAUGGAAGAGGAAGGCAUCGUUUGUACAAAAAUAGACUGAGUUGUGGUGGCUCGUCGAAGCCGAAAUCUUGUCUGGUACAGAGGGAUGGCAGCGGUGAUCGACAUUGUCAUUCUUUCAAUUCCGGCAGAAAUUCGCAGAGCACAAAUUUCACAAAUCAACAUAACAGGAUUCGCACGAAUAUUGGCAUCACCAAACAGAAUCAGAGUCAGAAUCAAAGCAGCAGCAGGGACAACGCAAUAUCAGGAGGAUCAGGAGCUAUCUUAGGAUCUACUACCGGAGUUAGCAAUCAGCCAACCAGCGACGAAAGAAUCACUCUCAUUGUCGAUAACACUAGAUUUAUUGUUGACCCAGCUUUGUUCACGGCGCAGCCCAAUACAAUGUUAGGUCGCAUGUUCAGCUCAGGGGUAGAAUAUGCACAGCCUAAUGAACGUGGUGAAUACGAGGUCGCCGAUGGCAUUUCUGCUAUGGUUUUUCGCGCUAUCUUAGAGUAUUAUAAGGGCGGAGUAAUUCGAUGUCCCCCAACUGUAAGUGUUCAAGAACUACGAGAAGCCUGCGAUUAUCUGCUGGUACCUUUUGAUGCUAGCACGGUGAAGUGCCAAAAUCUUAGAGGAUUGUUACACGAGUUGUCGAAUGAGGGUGCACGUUGCCAAUUCGAAGUAUUUUUAGAGGAUCUGAUUUUGCCGUUAAUGGUGAAUAGUGCGCGACGUGGUGAUCGCGAAUGCCAUAUUGUCGUCCUGCUCGAGGAUGACGUAGUCGAUUGGGACGAAGAAUAUCCUCCCCAAAUGGGUGAAGAAUAUUCCCAAACUGUCAACAGUACAGCGAUGUAUCGCUUCUUUAAGUACAUCGAGAAUCGAGACGUGGCCAAGCAAGUGAUGAAAGAACGUGGUUUGAAAAAAAUUCGUCUAGGCAUCGAGGGCUAUCCAACCUAUAAAGAAAAGGUGAAGAAACGCGCCGGUGGUCGCGCCGAAGUCAUUUACAACUACGUUCAGCGACCCUUCAUUCAUAUGUCUUGGGAGAAAGAAGAAGCCAAAAGCCGUCAUGUCGAUUUUCAAUGUGUUAAGUCAAAGUCAGUAACAAAUCUCGCUGAAGCCACGGCCGAUCCCGUUUUGGACGCCGCUGGAAAUCCUAUGCUUCUUCAGGUUGCUGAAGGACCAGUUCCUCAACCUGAAGUGGUUGGACUACCUAUGGGUUCGGAUGCUGAUGUGGACGGACCUAUGGGAUCUGGUGAUCAAGACUUGGCGCUACCGUCUGACGAACUACCUAAUUUUACGAUUAAAAAAUCUGCCAUCGAAAAAUCGUACUCUGAGGCGCUGCUCAAGAUAUCAUCCGCAUACUUAAACAAGAAAAUACCGAACAUACCAGAUCUCAAAGUCGAUGGAGCCGAAGAGAAAUGGAACAUGUGGAAUGUAUGGCGAACUGUGCUGGAGGAGAACGAGAAGCUGGCGCGCGCACAUCUCGCUGCCGUUGAGGUUUUCCAGCAGCAGAUCGCCGAUGAUGCCAAGAGCCUCAGGAUGCAUAAACUGCAAAUCUCUAAGAAGGCAAUCGACCAAUUAUUAAUAGUACAAAAAGAACUGCAGACUUGCGUUCAGGACGUCGACAAAACGAAGAAGUUGUAUUUUGAUGAAGAACAUAGCGCACACGAUGUACGCGACAAGGCAAAGGACAUUGAAGAAAAAUUGAAGAAAAAGAAGGGUUCCUUUUUCCAGUCAAUAACGACAUUGCAGAAAAAUAGCGCCAAGUUUAGCUCCAAGCGAGAUCAAUUAGAGGAGAAAUCAACCGGAGCACGCAAUGAUUAUUUAUUGAGUCUUGCCGCCGCUAAUGCCCAUCAAAACCGAUAUUUUGUAGUCGACUUACAGGCCACCAUGCAAUAUUUGGAGCAAGGAGUUUACGAUAAAGUACAGGAAUAUUUAACGCUGAUGGCACGCACUGAACUACUUACUUGUCUAGCUACACAAAGCAGCUUUGGCAAAAUUCGCGAUCAAGCUCAGCAGCUUACUAGGGAAUACAAUAUCCAAUGUUGCUGUUUAUACUAUCCUGUUAUAAAACAACAUAUUCAGUACGACUUUGAGCGCUGCGAUAAUGAUCCGGUAGAUAGGAUAACUGCCGAUCAUUCGGCAGCGUCGACGUUGGGCAAUGAAGCGCGUCGCUGGUCGACGAGGAUUGCCCGCGAGGUCAGCAGCAUCCGCGAGAACAAUCGAAAACUACAGGCGCUGCUACAACUCAAAGAUGCUGGCCAAAAGACUGAUCCGAAUGAUCCUAAUGGUCCAGAUUUAGAUACUAAGAUCGACGAAUGCAGACACUCUAUUCGACGAGCAGAGACAACAAAACUUAAGGCCGAAGCGAGGAUAGAAUGUCUUCGACACGGUGGAGUGAAUGUGGAUGAAUUUCUGCAAGAAGCUGAAACGCUGAGUGUUCAAGACAUACCUCGUUCGGCCAGUUCCCUCUCCGUCAGGACAGACGCAUCUGGUGCAGCGGAACAUCCGUCAUCAGACUCUUUCUAUGACAGCGAUGGCGACGGCGGAAGUGACCUAACAACUGUCGAACGACCUGGAAAGACGCAACAGCACGAAGAUGAAGUUGAAGAAAGGCAGAGGCAUGACAGUGCCGAAGUUGAUGCAUUGUUAGAGCAAGAGAAGCAACGAAUGGAACAGCUAACGGCAGGCUGGGACGAUCCCACAGCGGUUGAUUGGGAUAACGAGGAAAAGGACGAGCAGGAGAUGACGCACGAAAUACCAGAGAUGCCUUCUAAUCAACCCAUAUACAAGUGUACCGCUCUCUACUCUUACACAGCACAAAAUCCUGAUGAGCUUUCCAUCGUGGAAAGCGAACAGCUGGAUGUAGUGGGCGAGGGCGACGGUGAUGGAUGGUUAAGAGCGAGAAAUUACCGAGGGGAGGAGGGUUUCGUACCUCAGAAUUAUCUCGAUGUGGAGAGAGAGCCGGAACCUACUACUGGGGGUCUGACUUCGCAGGGUCCGGGGCUAGUCCAACAAAUUUCUUUCUCAUCUGUCGAUUAUACGAUCGACGAUCACGACGCUGUCGAUCCCGAUGCCGGCUUGCAAAUUACUGCGCCGGAAGAAGCUAUUAUGCAAAAUCACAUUGGAGAAGUGGAGCAAUUUUGUGUCGCAAACUACGAUUACGAUGCAACGUGCGACGAGGAGCUGAGCUUCCUAGAGGGCGAUAUCAUUAAAGUGCUGAGAAAAGAACCGCACGAUGUGGACGACGGUUGGUGGGAAGGUGAACUAAGAGAUCAACGAGGUAUCUUUCCUUCUCUCGUUGUAGAACCUUGCGGUCCAGACGGGUGUCCUUUGACUCCACAGGAGGAUGUAACACCACCAAGUUCUGCGCCGCCAGUCUUCACCCCGCCGGAAAUUGCACCAGAGUUUUUGCUAGAAGAACUUGCUCAGCUUGAAGAUUCGCAAGAAGAUAAGUCAACGAUAAAUGAUGACGGAGGUUUUAUGAUGAAUUUAUCCAAGAACCAAAAGGACCAUUACGGCUCACAAUUUGAGGAAGACAAUUCAGAAGCGCCAAAUAUAGUCGUGGAGGUAUCAGAUGAAUCGGGCGAUAAGGCAGAGAAAUCCGAAGAUCCCAACUCCGCUAACGACGAUUUUGGUCUUGGAGUGGCUCAAAUCGUCAUUACAGCUGCAACUCCAAUGGAAGAGGUGGAACAUCCUUUUCCUGGAGCAGAAGAGACUUCAGAAGAUCCAGCAAAAUCGGAAACCUUUGAAGCGGAUCCUGAAGCUUCAAGCGCUGCUACGGACCCAAACGAAAGCGAGUGUAAAGAAGAGGAAGAAGCAACUGUCAUUUUGGAUGAAAAAGAUGGAGAAGAAGUUGAAGAAAAAUCCACGAUCGAUGAACUCCCUGCCGAUUCAGCACCGUUUCCGAUCAGCAGCAGUUCCGGUAGUGAAGGAGAGUCAAUUGGUUCUGGUCCCAGUACCAAUGAAAAUUCCCAGUCGAGAGGAACAGUGGUGGAAGUGACGGAAGAAGUCACAGAAAUCAUGGAGGAAGAGGAAGAGGAAAUGGUACCAGGAAAAAUGCUGGUGGGAGGAAGAGCCAGCAUCCCGGACGAACUUCAACCGGAUCAGUUAGAGAAGUUGCAGACGCUCAAGGAAUCAAACGCCUAGGGCUGACUGGACCCCGGGGCCCAAAAUGGCAAGAUUACAUUGCCUGAUGGCCACCCCGAUAAUUUUCGACAUCUCUUAGAUUUCUGGCGAUCGCCUGAAGUGCUGAGCAAGAAAGACUAACAAAUAAAACUCUAAUAAGACUCUGAGAGUGACAUUGUUCUUAUGGUGAUCGAGUAGUGGAGAUAAGAAUGUUUUAAAUUGUGAUUGAAUUAUCAUUAGGAUAAUGGGCGUUAAUAGGUCAAUUGGUGCUGAGAAGUUUAUAUUAUAGAAUUAGAUUCAUUUUUGUGUGUCUUUAGCAUUAGAUCCUGAUACUUCAACGAGAUUCUGUCAAUUUUAAUCUUUAGCACUCUGACGAAUUAUAGACGAAUUUACAUGGGUUCAUUAUAAAAUGUUCAGAUUUUAAGAUUUAAUCGAAUUGCAAGCAUUUUUGAAAAUGUAAUGUGAAAUAUCAGCAAUGAAUAACCGAACAGUAUUAUGGGAGAUCGAUUUAUGAAACUAAGUAAAUUAAUUACCAUAUUGAUCUAUUAACAUCCUGGAAAGGAAAAAAGGAAUGACAAUCUAAGGGAAUGAUGAUUUGACAAAUUAAUUGACAGAAUGAUUAAAUUUGAAUAAGAGGUAACUUAAGUUUGAUAAAGAUUGAUAAGAUAUAUAUAAAACCAGGACAGUCAACAAAGAAUAGCAAGAAUUAAUACAAGAUCACCAUGACAUUAUGCAAGACUUUAUAUAAGAUCACCGAGAUUGAUCCAUUCAUAAAAAGUUAGAAUUAACUGUCCUAUUUCAGGGCAACGGGCUUUAAUGGGUUGAUUAGAGAAUCUCGAUUUAGUGAAAUGACAAAGAGAUGAAGGAGAUUUUUUUUUCGUAAAAGAUAGUGUACAGUGAGAGGAGAUAAAACAGAGGAUUAUCGAUACCUGUGUACUACAAUGGGCGUAAUAAUCUGCACGCAGUCGUUAGUGUACAUUUCAAGGGAAUUACACUGGUGUUGCAUGUAAAAA